GUAAAUACAACUAUAUCACUACAUCACGCACGCACCCAUUAACAUAUCUUAAAUAGAUACACUCACAGCUACAUUUUCAUUAUGGCUUCAAAUUUCUAUUAUUUCCAUCUCAUUCUAUUCCUUAUUCCCUUGUGUAAUUUUUGUUUGAAAUCUUAUUCUCAGGAUGUAGAUAGAGCCUCGUACUAUGAUAAAUGGCUCUCCUGGAACGUCCAAAAUCAUCAUAGAAAGACCCUCGUGCAAGCAGAGUCAAUCACUCAAGCUCCAGGGGGCGGUGGCAGAGCGCUUGAUGGCAAACUGAGCAAGGCUGAGACGAACAAAGUGAAAAUAAGUGUUUGUCAAAAUGGGACUGGUGAUUUUAGAACAAUUAGAGAAGCUAUAAACAGCAUUCCACUCAACAACAAUCGGAGAGUUAUAUUGCAGAUCAAACCAGGUGUUUACAGGGAAAAGAUUGUCAUCCCAAGAACUUUGCCCUUUGUUACACUAUUAGGGGAUUCCACCAAUCCUCCAACUAUUACUGGAAAUGAUACUGCUUCUGUCACUGGAACUGAUGGGAAGCCAUUGAAGACAUUUCAGAGCGCAACCGUUUCUGUAGAUGCAAAUUAUUUUGUGGCCAUCAACAUGGUGUUUGAGAAUACAGCCCCCCAUGUGAUUGGAUCCGUUGGAGAACAAGCAGUGGCACUUCGUAUCUCAGGAACAAAGGCUGCAUUUUAUAAUUGUAGUUUUUAUGGCGCUCAAGACACACUUUAUGAUCACAAAGGCCUCCAUUAUUUCAACAAUUGCUUCAUCCAAGGUUCCGUUGAUUUUAUUUUUGGCUAUGGCAGAUCUCUGUAUGAGAACUGCCACUUGAACUCUGUAGCUAAGAAGUUGGCCUCUCUAACAGCUCAAAAGCGAACCAGUUCCUCUCUGGAAAGCGGGUUCUCCUUCAAAGAUAGUGUGGUGACAGGAAGUGGUGUGGUUUAUCUAGGAAGAGCAUGGGGCGAUUAUUCAAGAGUUGUGUUCUCGUACACAUUCAUGGACAAAAUUGUUCAUCCGCAAGGGUGGAGUGAUUGGGGUAAACAAAAGCGUGAUAACAACGUGUUUUACGGGGAGUACAAAUGCACUGGACCAGGAGCCAACUUCACUGGAAGAGUUCCUUGGGCUCGCAUUUUGACAGAUGAAGAGGCCCGGCCUUUUGUAGGAACUUACUAUGUUGAUGGAGAUACUUGGCUCGUUACUCCAUAACCUUGGCUUUGAAAUUCUUAAAUUUAACCUAUCCACCAUUUAUCCACGUUUUGUUUAACUAUAAAAUGCCUUGGCUUUGAAAGUCAAAAUGUCAAUUUCUGGAAAUCUUAUAACGUGUGUAUAAUAGAUAGGGACUUAAAUGUUGUGUCUUGUUGUAUAGUUUUUGAAAUCAGAUAAUUAUUAAAAUAGUUAUUUAUCUUUAACGAGUA